AUGACGGGCGCAGAUGAACAAGAUCAAUCAGGUCCCCACGCCCCUUUGCUCGCCUUAUCUCACGCCUCUUCCGACCAUGAUGACAAUACCCACGAUGAGAGCCUGGCCUCUGAGCUGGAAUACUCAGGAGGCUGGUUUAUAUGGGCAUUGACCUUCUCCGCUGGGAUAAGCGGUCUACUAUUUGGAUAUGACACAGGUGUUAUCUCGUCUACUUUGGUGACUGUCGGGUCAGAUCUUUCGGGCCGGCCAUUGACCACACUCGAUAAAAGCCUCAUCACAUCCUGCACCAGCCUGUUUGCGUUGAUCGCGAGUCCAUUUACCGGAGUGCUGGCAGACAAGUUCGGUCGUCGGAAGGUCAUACUUGGUGCAGAUCUGUUGUUUGCAGUUGGAGCAUUGGUACAGGCCUUUACAAGCCAGGUUUGGGGUAUGAUUAUUGGCCGCAGCAUUGUUGGUCUUGCCGUUGGUAGCGCUAGUGCAGUGACCCCAUUGUAUAUCUCCGAGUUGGCUCCUUCGCACGCAAGAGGAAGACUUGUCACGAUCCUUAGUCUCUUCAUUACCGGUGGCCAAGUGGUGGCAUACAUAGUCGGGUGGUUGUUUUCCACUACAACUGGAGGCUGGCGGUGGAUAGUGGGGAUCGGGGCAUUCCCGGCCUUCUUUCAGCUUGCCAUUCUCGCCCUGCUACCUGAGACGCCUCGAUGGCUGGUCCAGGCUGGAUUCGAUGCCCGAGCAAAGACAGUCCUGACUAAGAUCUAUCAGGAUUGCCCUGGCUGUGACCAGGUGGUUGAUCGUGUCUUGCGCAAUAUCAGCGGAGAAAUCGUUCAGGAGGCCUCGGAGCUGGGACAAACCAAGUCCCGUGGCACAAAGCCCCAGUGGUUACAUGAUACCCUCCAGCGGGGUCAGCAGUUGUUCCAUGGUGGAAACAGAAGAGCAUUGAUCAUAGCGAUGAUGCUCCAGGCGGUCCAGCAACUUUGCGGAUUUAACAGCCUGAUGUAUUUUUCGGCAACCAUUUUCUCCUCACUUUCGUUCUCCUCGCCAACACUAACAUCACUCUCGGUAGCUAUGACGAACUUCGUCUUCACGUUGUUUGCAUUCGUGCUGAUUGACAGGAUCGGUCGCCGGCGUGUUCUUCUUUAUUCAAUUCCAAUCAUGGUCGUUGCCCUGGUCGUCUGUGCUUUCUCGUUUUCAUCAAUGGAUGACAAAUGGAAUUCACAACCUCCAACUGGCCGUCAAGAAAAUGAUGAGAGCGCUAGUUCUCUUCUACCUCUUGCCAUCUUGCUCUGUCUCACUGUCUAUACCGCAGCAUAUGCCCUCGGACUUGGCAAUGUCCCAUGGCAGCAGUCUGAACUCUUCCCUCUGAACGUACGUUCUCUGGGGUCAGGACUGGCCACUGCAACCAACUGGGGAUCAAACUUUAUCAUCGGUCUCACUUUCUUGCCUAUGAUGGAAUGGAUCUCACCGUCAUGGACAUUUGCUCUCUAUGCACUCGUCUGUGUGGUUGGGUGGGUUGCUGUAUGGGCAAUAUACCCUGAGAUGAGUGGACUUGGGCUCGAGGAAGUGAAGGGUCUAUUGGCAGACGGUUGGGGAGUGAGAGAAAGUCUCCAGCGGCGUCGUCUCUCGCGGCAUCUUUAA